GCCAAGCACUUAAUUAUCUAUGAGGUAACCCUUGUGCAGCAGUGAAGAUGGCAACUAGAACAAGUAGGUCAACAGCUGCAAAGAAGCUGAAAACAGCAGCAAGUACACUCAGCAAGAAAAUCUCCACAUUUUUCGAGCCCUCAAAAACGAGCAGCAGGAAAAGGCCACAGAAAGAGUUGCCAGACGAAGCAGAGAAUUCUCUGCCUCCCUCCAAGAUCCCACGUACAGACACGUCCCCCUCACCAACAACAUUCACACCCUCCACACCACCCUCAAAGGUUAAGCCGGAUAUCUUGACACCCUCCCCUGAGCAGAAGGAGAGGAUGGAGAGCAACAAACUAGAAGCUGAGUCGAAAAUGAUUGCAAAAAAGUUUGGUGCAGACAAGAUUGGUCUCAGCUGGAUGAAGGCAUUACACUCUGAGUUCAAGAAACCUUACAUUAGUACGCUGGCCUCCUUUUUGUCGGAAGAACGUUGCAAAGAAACUGUGUACCCCCCGCCGGAAGAUGUCUUCAGUUGGACUCUGGCCUGCUCCAUACACGAUGUCAAGGUGGUUAUGCUCGGGCAAGAUCCAUACCAUGGCCCAGGGCAGGCUCAUGGCCUUUGCUUCAGUGUGAAGGUGGGUGUGACCACUCCUCCCAGUUUGCGGAACAUGUACAAAGAGUUGAGCACCGAUGUGGAGGGUUUCACUGUACCCUCCCACGGCUACCUUGUGGGAUGGGCCAGACAAGGUGUCCUGCUACUUAACGCUUGUCUGACUGUGAGACACAAGCAGGCUAAUUCACACGCCGGGAAGGGUUGGGAGAAGCUGACUGAUGCUGUUGUCCACUGGCUGAAUGAUCAGGGGGAGAACAUUGUCUUCAUGUUGUGGGGCUCCCAUGCUCAGAAGAAAGGAUCGUUCAUUGACCAGAAGAAGCAUUGUGUUCUCAAGUCUGUCCAUCCUUCCCCCCUCUCUGCACAUCGUGGGUUCAUGGGAUGUAAGCAUUUCUCUAAAGCUAAUGAUUAUCUCGCGAGUGUGGAGAAGAAACCUAUUGAUUGGAAAGACCUACCGUCUUCAAUCAAUGUAUUAGAAGAAUGAACAAUAUACUCUGUUUUUGCAUGCUGACUUGUGUUAUAUUUAUAUCCUCCUUCACACGCAUACACAUGACUCAUUUAUUCCCGCCAUAUGCAUUUAACCAUGACACUAUUGUUCUCGAAAACAACAA